AUUCUGUCUGCUGAACAUCAGUUCACAAAUUCUUAAAACCUGUCAGUGGUCAAUGUUUACCGAUUAGCAUUACCUACGUACUACGUCGCGAUAAACAAUAUUGUUGUAUUGAAAAAGUGUAACUAAGAUAAUAAUCCUAAUAUUUUUCAAAAUUCGACAUACCGUAACUCAAAUAUUUAUUGCUCAUUUGGAGGAUUUUCUGAGCUAACCUGCAGAAAAAUGAGUGUGCUACGAUUGUCCAUCGUUUUUGGAGUAUUAUUCACUUGCAUAUGUGCCCAAAAGCCAUUUUAUGCAUCAAGCAGUAAUCAGUAUCCAAGUGUCUUACCCCAAAAUCUACCAAAUAAUUCAGAUGUUGGGAACAGGAUUGGCGAAAACUCUACUCCUGACCCAUUCCUGGGUUCGGAAAAGCAGCCAAUAUACAACGUGGAAAAAGAACUGGUUGAUAGAAUUACAAACCAGUAUCCCAGAGAUAAACAGCCGUUUUGGUAUGUGAAUGCCGCACAGUUGAACAGCAUCAGGUACCAACAGCAACCGGGAGCACAACCGGUAGAACAACCAGCGGUACAACCAGCGAUUCAACCGGCGGUACAACCAGCGGCACAACGGGUGGUACAACGAUCUGGACAACCGAUCAACGAAUUCUCACCGACUAGGCGUCAACAAGUAACCAAUCAACAACAGCAGCGCUAUUUUUAAUCAGAAAAUGCGUCCUGAGAGCUCUUUAUUAUAACAUACGUCUAUUCCCAUAUUAUUAUCACAUAUUUUAACGUCUCUGAAUAUUAGAAACUGAUUCUGGUAGUAGUAAAAUAUAAUAAUAAUAAUAUAUAUUAUAUUGUCAAAAGAGUAUAUAAAUGACUUAAAACUUAUAUAGACAGAUAGGUCUAGGUUAUAUCGAUCCAUUUAUAAUUUACUAACGAAUAAUGAUUAAUGAAACACAAAAAAUGUAUUUAUAUUCUAGUAGAAUUUAAAAUAUUUACAGCUAUCCAAAUGCAUAGUUUCAUUGAU